UUUUAUGUCUUUAUUUCCUUUCUUUUUUAAGGUAUCUGCCACUGAAGGAUGUAUAUGAAUCAUAACUCAAUAAUGUUCAUUGCGAGAUAUUAAAGUUUUGCAGAGGAACAAUUGCUGGAUGGAUAACGUAUCUAGAUGAUGCUGCAACAACAACAUAUUUGAGCAAGAUUAGUUGAAUCAGAUUUCUCAUUCUAACAGCCAGAUCAGAGAUAAGUUAAAGAAAGAUUAGCACUUGUUCCAAUUCAAUGGCAUCUUCUUCCGGAGCUUCUCAAAUAAAAUGUGCUGUACUGGUUGCAUGUAUUACUGGUUGCAUACUGCUCUACUUUAGAGUCAAGAAGAAGAGACAAAUCAUCAAGAAAGAUAUUGUCGUAAAGAGUGUAGAGGGAAAUCCAAUGUCAAACAACUCUCCUCAAAUAUAUCAUGAUGUUUUUGUGAGCUUUAGAGGUGAAGACAUUCGUCACGGUUUUCUUAGUCAUUUGACCAAGGCUUUUAUUCAAAAGCAAAUACAGGCCUUUGUGGAUGAUAAACUUAAGAGAGGAGAUGAUAUAUCCUCAUCACUUUUUGAAGCAAUUGAAGGCUCGUCCAUUUCAUUGAUCAUAUUCUCUGAAAAUUAUGCUUCUUCACAUUGGUGUUUAGAAGAACUUGUGAAAAUACUUGAGUGCAAAGAGAAACAUGGACAGAUUGUAAUACCUGUUUUCUACAAGGUAGACCCAUCAGAUGUACGACAUCAAAGGAAUAGUUAUGAAAGUGCACUUACUGAACAUGAAAAGAAGUAUAAUUUGCACAGGGUUCAAAUCUGGAGACAAGCUUUGAACAAAUCUGCCAAUUUAUCAGGAAUUAACUCAUUAAAUUUUCAGAAUGAUGCCGAUCUGCUUGAAGAAGUCAUCAAUCAUGUGUCCACGAGGUUGAUGCCUAAGCAUCCAAUUAACACAAAAGGACUUAUUGGAAUGGAAAAGCCAUCUGCACAUUUGGAAUCAUUGUUAUGCCGGGAGUCAAAAGAAGCACGUGUUAUUGGAAUUUGGGGUAUGGGCGGUAUUGGCAAGACAACCGUUGCAGAAGAGAUAUUCAACAAAAAAUGUUUUGAGUAUGAAAGAUCUUGUUUUUUAGAAAAGGUAAAUAAUGAAUUACAAAAAGAUGGAAUAAGGUCUUUGAAAGAAAAACUUUUAUCUACACUAUUGGCAGAAAAUGUGAAAAUUGACACUCCAAAUAGGUUGCCUAGUGAUAUUAAGAGAAGGAUUGGUCGUACGAAGGUUCUUAUUGUUCUUGAUGAUGUGAAUGAUAUCGACUUGGUUGAAAGUAUAUUUGGAACUCUUGAUUGGCUUCACGCAGGUAGUAUAAUAAUGAUAACCACUAGAGAUAAGCAAGUACUUAUUUCUAAUAAAGCUCAUGAUAUAUACCAUGUUGAGGAAUUGAGUUUUAGUGAAGCACUUCAACUUUUCAAUUUGAAUGCAUUUGACCAAAGUCAUCUUGAAAAGGGCUAUUAUGAUCUAUCACAAAGGUUGGUCAAUUAUGCCAAAGGUGUUCCAUUGGUUCUUAAAGUCUUGGGUCGUCUUCUUCGUGGAAGAAGUAGGAAAGAAUGGGAAAGUCAGCUAGACAAGCUUACAAAAGGGUCAGUUAAAGAAGUCCAUGAUCUCAUGAGACUAAGUUAUGAUAAUCUUGAUCGCAGAGAGCAACAAAUUCUUUUAGAUGUUGCCUGUUUCUUUAAUGGUAUGAAAAUGAAAAUGAGAACGUUAUUACCGUUAUUGAAAGAUCAUGAAAAUGAUAAUUCUGGGGUUGUUGGUUUAGAAAGGCUAAAAGAUAGAGCUCUAGUGACUAUUUCUAAGGAUAAUAUUGUGUCUAUGCAUGACAUUAUACAAGAAAUGGGCCGGGAGAUUGUUCGCCAAGAAUCUAAGGACCCUGGACAACGGAGUCGACUAUGGGAUCACAACGACAUUUAUGAAGUAUUCAAAUAUAACAAGGGGACUGAGGCUAUUAGAAGCAUAUGGGGAAACUUUUCAGAAAUUAGGAAUCUGGAUUUAAGCCCUGACGUAUUUGUUAAGAUGAGCAAACUCCAAUUUUUGUGUAUUUAUGAGGAAGGUGGUACAAAGUGUCGGGAUCUUUUUUCUCAGUGCAGGGGUCUUUUGCUUAGUCUAAAAUAUUUGAUAUGGACUGGUUGCUCAUCAUGGCCACAGUGUUUUUCUCCCGAAAGUCUUGUUAUAUUGGUGUUAUACGAAGGCAAGAUGCAAAGACUUUGGCACGGAGUACAGAAUUUGGUUAAUUUGAAAGCAGUUUUCGUCGAAAGAUGCUCUUUCUUAGAGGAGCUUCCGGACUUUUCAAAAGCCAUAAAUCUCGAGUUUCUAUCUCUCUGUGAUUGUGUGAAAUUGAAGAGUGUCCAUCCAUCUAUUUACUCUCUCGACAUGCUUCUGAUACUCAAUCUAGAGGGGUGCAAGUCCUUGACCGAAUUUACAAGUGAUACCCGUUUAAGCUCCCUAUUGUCUCUCAACCUUACAAGUUGCACAAGUCUAAGGAAGUUGUCAUUGACAUCAGAGAAUAUAACACACCUAUAUUUGGAAGGAAUUCCUGCCAAUGUAUUGCCUUCAUCGUUUGCAUGUCAAAGCAAGCUAGGAAAGCUGGUAUUACGGGGAACUGAAUAUGAGAGGUUACCUGCAUGCAUCACGAAUCUUACAAGAUUGCUAUACCUUGACCUAACUUCUUGUGCUAAACUUCAGUCAAUACCAGUGCUUCCCCCGUCCCUUGAAGUUUUAUUUGCUGGUGGGUGCAGAUCACUGAAGACAAUAUUCUUUCCUUCAACUGCUGCAGAACAGUUCAAGGAAAACAAGAAAUUUGUUUUCUUCGAUAAUUGCUGGAACUUGGAUGAACGUUCACUCUGGGGUAUUGAGUUGAAUGCACAAAUCAACUUGAUGAAACUUACAUAUCAACAUCCAUUCGCACCAGUGUAUGAUGAUCAAGUUGACAAAUAUGAGAAUGGUUUUGUUCGAGCAAUAUACGAGUAUCCAGGAUGCAUUGUUCCAAAGUGGAUGGAGUACAAGACAACAAAGGGUGACAUGAUUAUUGAUCUUGGUCGUGCUCCUUUGCUGGGUUUCAUUUUUUGUUUCAUCCUGGCUGCGGAGGAGGACCCAACAGAAGUUCGUGGGGAAGUUAAAUUUGAGAUCACUAUAAUUGAUGGUGAGGGUGAAAAGGGUUGUGUCAUGAUUUCAUGGAUUUCAACGGAUAAUGUUUUCUUGAUAUAUGACAAAAAAUGUUCCGACAACAUAAUUAGCGCAACCAAUAAUCAGACAAGGUUUAAAAUCAAGGUUGCAAUACUGGAAGUAAGAUCCAUAGCUGGUCGAGUGAUGAAUUGGAAGAUCAAAGAGUUUGGAGUCAGCCCCAUAAACACCUUGAUAUAUGAUAGUUUCAGGCACCUCGCAAGGAACUGUGAAUGUGAUGCAGCGGAGGCGUCGGCUGUUGUGCAUGAGCAAGCACGUGAAAACCCUGGUGAGCCAGCCGCCACAGAGGGAAGGAUGGGUUACGGCUCCACUAAUCGCGGCAUAGAGCAUGCAACUCGUGGAAAAGAGAGUGAAGAAGGCAUUGAUGGAUGGACCACAGUCAAGGGAAAGAAACCAGGGCCAGGAAAGAUUGUUGAGGAAAAAAAGGGCAUUGUGAUUAAUGAAGGCCACGCAGGCCCUUUCAGUGCAAUCACCAGCGAGCCCCCUCCUCACACACCGCUUGGAAAUUCUUCUGCACCAGAAUUGGAGGAUGGGGAGGUUGCUGUUGAUGACCCCCCGGAUGCACAACAGCAAUAAUAAAGGGCUUGAUGCUAUUUACAAGUUUAGACACCCAACAUUGUAUUUACAAGUUGUAUUUUCAGAAUGUGAAUGUGGUGGAGGCUGCUAGUCCAUGUCAAAUUGCACAAUCACUUCCACCAAGGCCAAGGGUGGCUAGGUUGAUUCCAUCUAAAACAGCUAUGAAUUUAGCAUCAGCAUCUGCUGCAGCUUCUCUCAAUUUCAAUGCUUUUCAAUAAUAGUCUUGGCUGUUAAUAUAAUCAAAACCUCAUUCUAAGUUUGCAA